UGCAGCCCUAUCUGUGCUUCCUACGAUCUUCGCAAGCAGGCCUUGUAUGGUGACCUAUCAAGGUACAUAUGCUGCAACGGUAACUGUCCUUGCUCGGGCCGCCUCAACGAGAGCCAAUGCCCGGCCUUCUGCCUGUGCCUGGAGGCAUGGUGCUGCUUUGGCCAGAGCGUUGCCACCACCCGCUGGAUGAUCCAGGAUGAGCUCCAGGUGGAGACCACCAAGUGCGACCACUGCAUCAUCGGCACGAUGAUCUUCCUGCAGUACCUUAGCUGUGUGUGCCACAUCCUGGCCUGCUUCUUCAGCGAGCUGCGGGACGCGGCCCAGAUCGUUGAUCUGCUGGCGGACUUCACGUGGUGCACGUGA